AUGGUUUUAAAGACACUUAUUAUUGAUAAUUAUGAUUCCUACACAUUUAAUCUAUUACAACUAUUUGAUCGUCCUGAAGAUGUUGUCGUCAUCAGAAAUGAUCAAUUCGGUUGGGAUCAAUUUGUAAAAGAUGUACUACCUUACUUUGACAAUGUCAUCAUCUCACCCGGCCCUGGAAGACCGGAAAGAUCAUCUGCACAGCUAGACCCAUCACAAUCCGAUUAUCAUCGACCCAUAUUUGGCAUAUGCUUAGGACACCAGGGGAUAGGAUAUCUACUAGGCGGAGAGAUAACAUAUGCACCACGAAUUAUGCAUGGUCGAAUGUCACAAAUUCAUAUCAAUUAUUCAGAUCAUGAUAUACUCGCUCACUGCCAAUCACCAUUUUGGGCUGUUAGAUACCAUUCUCUUGUUGUUGACAAAGACACUUUACCCGACGAUUUGAUUCUUACUGGAUACUGUUUUGAGAAUGAAGCUGAUACGGAAGCACUACAGAAUGCAGCGUACAUUGCCGACCAACCUUCAUCUACGACAAAGCACCAUCACUUCCUAUCGCAUGUCAACGAUCAAAGAACAAAUCAGAUGACUGUCAUGGCCUUUCGACAUAAACGGCUGCCCUUGUGGGGUGUUCAAUUUCAUCCUGAAUCAGUAUCGACUGAACAUGGACAUCAAAUGAUGCGCAACUUUCAGAACGAGACGAAACUUUGGAUGCAAAAGAUGAAUAUAUCCAGACGACCGUUCAAUCCUCAAGUGUUAUCUUAUUCAGCCGCACGACCCAAGAUAGAGAUACCAAAAAUAACCGAAAAAUUCCAUGCACUUGUCAAGACGGCACCCUGCUGGAUUGAUCCCGAGCUGAUUGUGGAGAAAAUAGGGGAAAACGAAGCAAUGUGCUGGCUAGACAGCAGCCGUAAGUCAUCACCGUAUUCUCGGUUAUCGAUCGUGUCGAUGCGCCCUGCAUUUACCCUUUCCUACUCGACCCUACAUCAUCAAUUGACGAUUACAGAAGAACAAGAGCAUGUGGAGACGAUACAAGGCACCUUUUUUGACACUUUAUCUGAUCUUUUGUCUCGCACGAGCAUUACUGAUGUGCGCCAUGUCGAUGGUUCACCGAUACCGAACGUAGCCUUCCAAGGCGGCCUUGUAGGUUAUUUUGGGUACGAGAUGAAACGGGAAAGCAUGGAAGGAUACAAGGUACCAGAGGAACAACAGUGCAGAUGUGACAGACUUGAGCACAAUAACGGGUGCUGUUUAUGCGUGAGAGAACCCGACGCAGCAUUUCAAUUCACCGACAAAUUCUUUGUAUUUGAUCAUACCAAGGAAGAAGUCCACAUCUGGUGUCUUGUGCGGGAAACAGGACAGGAUACACUCCUCUCACGUGCUGGGUUUCACGAUGACAACGAUGCGACCCGUUGGCUGAACGAUCAAAGAAAUCAACUGGUAAAGAUUCAGAACAAGAUCAACAUCCUGCCUGUAGCCACACCGCCCCUGUCACCGACGAUCUACUGCAACACAAUGAGCCCUGACACGGACCACAACCGAUACCUCAGUGCGAUCGAUCAAUGCGUGCAGUCGAUCAAGGAAGGUGAUGCCUAUGAGAUCUGUAUGACGACGCGGUUCCGACUGGACCUUCCUCAUGUGUCUACGCGGCUGUACACACAGUAUCUGCGCAAGAACAACCCGGCGCCCUUCUCGGCCCUGAUGCGAUUCCCUCAACUGACCCUGAUGUCGUCCAGUCCGGAGCGAUUUUUCAAGCUGGAUGUCGACAAGGUGGCAGAGAUGAAGCCGAUCAAGGGCACGAUCAGUCGAGCGCUCGACUGUGUCUGUACCAAACACUGCUCUGACGAGCAAUGUGAAUCGAAACGACGACUCAAGGACGAAGAGCAGAAACAGAAGCUGUGGCAGGACGUCAAGGAACGAGCCGAGAGUUUGAUGAUUGUCGAUUUGAUCCGUAACGAUCUCGCUCAGGUGUGCAAGCCAAGCACGGUCUGUGUGCCCAAACUGAUGCAUGUCGAAACGUUUGAAAAGGUGCAUCAUCUCGUCUCGACCAUCCGUGGUCGGCUCUACCCAGAGGUCAAUGGCGUCAAGGCCCUUCAGACCUGUUUCCCACCUGGGUCGAUGACGGGUGCGCCCAAGUUACGUGCAGUGCAGCUGUUGGAUCAGUUAGAGGAUCAUCGGCCCCGAGGAGUCUAUUCGGGCUGUCUCGGUUACUUUUCGUUGAAUGGAGCUGCCGAUUUUAAUGUGGUCAUACGAACAGCUGUGAUUGUGGAUCGACAUCUUUCCGUGGGUGGCGGAGGUGCGAUCACGUUCUUGUCGGAUCCUGAAGAGGAAUGGAAAGAGGUUUUGUUAAAGACAAAAAGUGUGGCCCCAAGGUAA